AUGGGCCCUGCCCGCACGCCCCCCAAGCGGCCCAGGUUGCUCACCUCCCUGGGCGCCUGGGUGGUUGUGGCCAGCCUGCUGUGCCUGCACCGCGCCACCCGCGACGUCACCAAGAGCCUGUCGCACGAUGAAAUCGAGUCGCUCAUCCGCCAGCCUGCGACGCUGCAUGGGGUGGUGCAGAAGGGCGGGCUGCCGGCCAACUACAGCUUCAUGGUGGCGCACCUCACCGACACCAAUCCUGAUGUGCGGGAGGAAGGCAUCCCCGCCACUAUGGGCCCCGCACUCAUGCGCUGGUUCGCCCACGCCUACACCUUCAACCGCUCCAUGGGCCACAGCAACUACCACCUGCAAUCCCCCGUGCCGGCCUGCCACUUCUGGGCCGACCACCGGUACCGCAUCCUGUAUGUGCGCAAUUUCAAGACGGCCGGCACAUCCAUCACCGUCACGCUCGGCCAGAAAGAGCUGCACAUGUACUGCAAGGCCAACCCUGCUAACUGUGCUGCCAAGUGCCGCAAUAAGCAGGUGUGCCUGGAAAACAUCAUCGACCAGGCGGUGCUACGUAAGCUGUUUGCAGAGUACACAGUCUUUUCUUUUGUGCGCAACCCCUGGGCCCGCGCGCUCUCCAGCUGGCACCACGUCCACAAGCAUGGGCUGCACCCGCCCUGCCAGGACCCUUUCACCAAGUUUGCCCAGCUGCCAUCCGCCUACGGCGCCAAGUGCCUGGGCGACCGCUCCUGCUGCAAGCGCCGCUUUGGCUGGCUGCUAGAGCACCUGGAGCCGCAGAGUACGUGCCUGUUUGACGACCGGGGGCGCCCCUCGGUGGACUUCCUGGGGCGUGUGGAGAACCUGGAUGAAGACAUGCAGGAGCUAGUGAAGUUGGUCAAUAGCAGGCUAGGGGAAGGGGUGGAGCCGCUGCGUGUAGGAUCCCUGCCGCGCUGGCAGCUGGCGCUGCCAGACAUGAAGGACAGGCAGGAUGAACUUUGGCGAUACUAUGCAGAGCUGUACUACAACACCCUGCAAGACAUUCGCAGCUACUUCCACGCAGACUUUGACCUUCUCCAAUUUCCUGGCAGAGACAUGGUUGGAAGAGGGGGAGGAGGGGUGGCGGCGGAAGCAGCGGCUACCAUCUCUGAGCUAGGUUGA